GUCUCCAUAGAGAUAUUGGAAAGUGGUGGAUCGGGAAUACCCAACAAGAAAUGGCUUCGAUGAUGCUCGCCUCCUCCUCCUCCUCCUCUGCGAUUGCAGGGACAAGAUUGCAAGUGAAGGGAUUGCCCUCUCUCAGGUCUGCUAGGGUUGCUACUCUGGAUGUAAGGGCAAACGUCAAGAAGAUCAAGGUGGAUCAGCCCCUUGGACCUUGCGGUGACACCAAGUUCAAACAAGGCAAAGAUGCUUCUGGCCGUGCUGCCAAGGGCAAAGGAGUUUAUCAAUUUGUGAACAAAUACGGCGCUAAUGUUGAUGGCUAUAGUCCUAUUUAUGACCAAAAAGAUUGGUCUCCCACUGGUGAUGUCUACACUGGAGGGGUACCUGGUUUGAUUAUAUGGGCUAUCACAUUGGCAGGUGUAUUAGCUGUAGGUGCCUUCCUUGUUUAUAACACCAGUGCCUUGUCUGGUUGAACAAGAGUAUAAUAUGUAAUCUUCUAUUAGUUUUCUACAUCUCAUUUUUAGAAAGAUAAGAAACAUGUAAAAACCAUUUCUUAUUUUCAAGAAGGAUUUAUGUUUUUGUAUUUA